AUGAGGGUGAUGUGGCCACAGCCACACCGAAAUAUUCCACGGAAGAGCAGCAGUCUUCUUCACUUCUUCCUCCUUCCCCCUGUUGAGGUGGAAGUGUGCCAUGAGAAACCCAGGACUGAAAGAGUGAGUUUGUUUGCUCGAGCAAAGAUGUACUCUAGUGCGACUGCCCCUGUUGUGAAUAGGGAGUCAGAAGUCUUAAAUACGAGAAAGGUUUUGAAAUAA